UUCGAAAUGCGGUGUUCAACCUUUAAGACGUCUUGUAUACUUAUCGUGCUUUACUUCACUGCACUCGUAAAAUCCAAAUCAAACGAAGUAAAUUCUGCCCUAGAAGAGGCACUUACAAACGCAAGAAACGAAGACGAUCAAAAGAGAGAUUGGAAUAAUCUUUCUGGAAUGUGGGGCAAACGAGGAUGGAAUAAUUUAUCCGGAAUGUGGGGCAAAAGAGGAUCCAAGUGGAACAACUUAUCCGGAAUGUGGGGUAAAAGAGGCUCAAGCUGGAACAACUUAUCCGGAAUGUGGGGUAAAAGAGGAUCAAACUGGAACAACUUAUCCGGAAUGUGGGGUAAAAGAGGCUCAGACUGGAACAACCUAUCUGGAAUGUGGGAUAAAAGAAGUCCCAGUUGGAAUGACUUGUCUGGCAUGUGGGGCAAACGAGGUUGGAACAACUUAUCCGGAAUGUGGGGGAAAAGGAACACUAACUGGAACAACCUGAAAGGCCUCUGGGGCAAACGAGGAGACUCUUCUUUCAAUGAAGGAGGGCCAUCAUGGAGAAUCACUGAUGCAGGUAUUUAG